UUACACGACUGCGCUGAGUCCGGGAGCUUGGAGAUCAUGAAGAUGCUCCUGAAGUACGGCUCCACCAUGGAGAAGGACGGCUACGGGAUGACGCCGCUGCUCUCCGCCAGCGUGACGGGCCACACCAACAUCGUGGAUUUCCUCACGCAGCACCCUCAGACGGGCAGAACGGAGCGCAUCAACGCUCUGGAGCUGCUGGGGGCCACGUUUGUGGAUAAAAAGAGAGACCUGCUGGGAGCGCUGAAGUACUGGAAGAGAGCCAUGGAUCUGCGGCACAGCGACCCCAACCACGUGCUCCUGAAGGACGAGCCCAAGCAGCUCGUGAUGGCGUACGAUUACAGCAAGGAGGUGAACACGUUCGAGGAGCUCGACAGCUUGAUCGCAGACCCCGACGACAUGCGCAUGCAAGCGCUGCUGAUCCGAGAGCGCAUCCUCGGCCCGUCGCACCCGGACACAUCCUACUACAUCCGCUACCGCGGGGCCGUCUACGCCGACUCGGGCAACUUCGAGCGCUGCAUCAAGCUGUGGAAGUACGCUCUGGACAUGCAGCAGAGCAACCUGGACGCGCUCAGCCCCAUGACGGCCAGCAGCCUGCUGUCCUUCGCCGAGCUCUUCUCCUUCAUGCUGCAGGACCGAGCCAAGGGUCUUCUGGGCACCUCCGUGUCCUUCCAGCAGCUGAUGGAGAUCCUCAGCAAGAGCGUGCUGGAGAUCGAGCGCGCCGUCAAGCAGCCGCGGCCCGGCCCGGAU